AUGGCUGAACCGAGACCUCGAACUCCGACCCGGUGGCCAGUUAUGCAAGAGGAUCCUCCACUAUGCGACUCAAAUACUAAUGGACGAACUUAUGACACCUCGCCUCAUAGUCAAGGGCAGCCUUUGCUUUCCCCUUGGCCGGGAUGCUUUCGUUUCCAUCCGAAAAUAGACCGGGCGGAGGAAUUCGGUUUUCCCUUCCCUACCGUUAUACACAACGUGAUUCAGGGAAGAGGUGCGAUACAAUUCUGA